AUGCCGCCUUGGACCGACAACGGCGGCUGCAUGGCUGCCAUGUGCGGCAAGGGUUGUGUGGCCAUUGCCACGGAUUAUGACACUGGAGUUCGGGAGCUUCAGCCCACAGAUAAUGGCUUCAAGAAGGUGUUCAAGAUAUCUCAACGCACAUUUGUGGGCUUCACCGGUCUCCAGAUGGACAUCCUGGCCCUCCGAGAUCGCGCUGACAACCACAAGCAGCUGAGGGAAGGGUUCAAUAAUGGCCAAAUGAGUCCCCAACAGUUUUCGAUUGUGGUGUCGAAUUUGCUGUUCAAGCAACGCUCAAAGCCCUACUAUGUGGAGCCGAUGGUGGUAGGUCUGGAGCCCGAUCCGAAUACCAAAUCUCUGAGGCCAUAUAUCUGUCACAUGGACUGGAUCGGUUGCAGGAGGGAGUCCAACAAAUUUGCAGUGGCCGGUACCUGUGCAGCGCAGCUGACGGGGAUGUGUGCAUCUAUGUGGCAGCCAGAUCUGUCGCCAGACGACCUCUUCCAGGUGAUCUCAACAGCCGUUCUUGGUGCUCUCGAUCGAGAUCCCACCAUCCCAUUAGGUGUCGGUGCACUUGUGUGUCUCAUCGAGGAGCAUAGAAUCACCGAGCGACUAGUGGACUCUAACUUGGCGAAUUAG